UCACGGAGAAUUUUAGCCUUUAUCUUUAUCCGUUCGACUACCGUGACAAUCUAUUACACUUUUCGUGUGAUUCAACGCACACAUUAAAAAUGGAAGAUGUCCUAGACGAAGUUGUUUCUUCGGAAGAUUUGAAGAAAUUCGAACGUGUAUACCAUGAACAAUUACACGCAUCAGAUGUAACUCAAAAAGCUCAGUUUGAGUAUGCAUGGUGUCUUGUGAGAAGCAAAUAUCCAGCCGAUAUCAGAAAGGGUAUAGUACUGUUAGAAGAUCUGUAUAGCAAUCAUGGUGACAGCGGAAAGCGGGAUUGCUUAUAUUAUUUAGCUAUUGGUAAUGCCAGAAUAAGGGAAUAUUCAAAAGCUUUGUCAUAUGUCAGAGCUUUUCUUCAGGUAGAACCUGCUAACGAACAAGUGCAACAGCUGGAGACGUUAAUUAAGAAAAGGAUGGAAAAAGAAGGUCUUUACGGUAUAGCUGUGGCGGGAGGUUUAAUUAUCGGAGUUGCGAGUGUUCUAGGACUCGGGAUCGCAAUGGCUAAAAAAAAUUAAUCCUAUAAUAUUCGUGAAUUGCGUGUGACGUGAAAUAGUUCAUUUAUGGGAAGUGAAAUUUCGCGAAGAAAUAAGAAUUAUUGAUGAGACACCGAAUAAGAUUGGAAUAUGUGCUGGACGUAUGAUAGAUGUAUGUUCGUUCCCUAAUGAUUUUCUAUAUAUAUAUUAAAAAAAAAAAAUAAAAAAUAAAAAAAAAAGUAAAUGAAAGAAAGAAGCGAAAUAAAAAUUGCAGUAUUGUGACAGUAAAAAAAAAAAACAGUGUCUUAGAUUCUUUGUCUCUAUCAAUUAGAAAUUAAUAUGGGGUUAAAUUACCGAUAUCCAUUAUAAUGUUAUACGCUUUAUCUUAUACGGACGAAUAAGAAAACUUUUCUAACUCGUAGAACAUUCCGAAAAUUCAACGUCGUUAAUUUUCAUUUUAAUUUAUUCAACGUUAUAGAUUUUUUGUAUCGUUUUAUUAAGUUACUUCCAAAACUCGCCUAACUCGUCGAAAACACGUGGUACGAGUUUGAUACCAAAGCCACAGUGUGUGUAAGCAUAGCUUUUGUACAUAAGAUUGAAAACUAUUGUAUUGAACUAUUUAACUGUAUUGUUACACGAACCUUUAAUAAAGAUAAAUGUUAUUGUCUUCUA